ACUCUGCUGGGAACAGCUGGGGGUUCUGGGUCCCCAAUGGCCCUUUCCUAAAUCUGCAGCUUCCUCCGUGGGGGUGACAGGGAGCCACCCCCAGUGCACAGUGACUGCCACGGCCAGGAACCAGCAGCACAGGGUCCUGUCCCUGCUCCCCACCAGAGAACCAAAAUGGAGCAGAGAUUCUGGGAGCAGCUCAGUCUGGCCCUCACCCUCCUCCUCCUCCUCCUGAAUGUGGGCUCUGCUGUGAAUGGAGAUGCCCCUCACAACUGCUAUGGAGCUCCAGGCCUGCCAGGCAUGCCGGGUAUGCCAGGCAAGGAUGGCCGGGAUGGGCUGAAGGGAGCCAAAGGGGAGCCAGGUGUCCCAGCUCCUCCUGCAGUGCAAGGGCCCAAGGGCAUGAAAGGGGAACCGGGCAGCCCUGGCUUGCCAGGCAAGAAUGGUCCCAAUGGCCUUCCUGGUCCUGCUGGAGACCCUGGGGUGAUAGGCCUGCCUGGAGAGCCGGGAAUGCCAGGCAGCUACAAGCAGAAGCACCAGUCAGCCUUCUCAGUGACGAGGCAGACCAAGGAGCACCCCUUGAAGAACGUCCCCGUGGUUUUCAACCACGUCAUCACCAACACCAACGACGACUACGACACCACCACCGGCAAGUUCACCUGCAAGCUCCCCGGGCUCUACUACUUUGUCUUCCACACCUCACAGACAGCCAACCUCUGCACCAUGCUGCACAAGAACCAGAGGAGGAUGGCCAGCUUCUGUGACCACAAGACCAACGCCGUGCAGGUCAGCUCGGGGGGGGUCCUGCUCCAGCUGGCUGCCGAGGACCAGGUCUGGCUGGAAGUGAACGACUACAACGGCAUGGUGGGCAUCGCCGGCUCUGACAGCAUCUUCUCGGGGUUCCUGCUCUUCCCGGACUAGGGGAUCACCAGAGCCCACCCCAGCACCCCGACUGCUUCAUCCUGCCCCACACACACCCUCAUUCACUGCCAGGCUGCUGCUGAUGAUCCCAGUUUCUCUGCUGAGGGGAAAGCCCCAACGAGGUUGUCACCCCCAGCAGCCAGACACAACCCCCACAGCAGUGGGGACUGAGCACUGGCAGCUGCUGAACAGGGGCAACAGGCACAUCUGGAUGCAUCUGCAGCCAAAGUGAUGGUGUUGAGGCACCGUCCUGCUGGCACUGCCACCUUCACCCUGCUCCAUAACCCCACAGUACCUCAGGGGUCUCUCUGCCUCUUUCCCCUCCCCACCUUGGUUGCCCCAGGUUCAGCCAGGUGUCCUGGGGCUGCAGCAGCCCCUUUGCCAUGACCUGGGUGUGGAAAGUGUCAAUAAA